ACUGGGGUAGAUUGGGGAUUACAUUGUAGACUGGGGAGUAGCGAGUCUCGGGACCAAGGUACAAAUAAGCAUAAGAUGGCUAUGAAUGUUAGUCUGGACCCCAAUAACCCUGAUGACAAGUGCAGUCGCUAUGAAGUUUUGUCCUGGAUCAAUGAAACAUUACAGACUAAUUUUACUCAAGUGGAGCAAUGUCGUUCAGGUGCAUGUUUUUGCCAGUUUAUGGACUUGCUCUUCCCAGGGUCCAUCGACAUGAGCAAAGUAAAGUUUGAGUCCCAAAAGAGGUCUGAUUUUAAACAGAACUACAGUCUUCUGCAGACAGCUUUCCGAAAAUCAGGCAUAAAACAGCCAGUCCCUGUGAAGCAGCUUCUCACAGGAAAGUUUAGACCCAAUUUCACCUUUCUGAAAUGGUUCAGGAAAUUUUUCUUUGCCAAUGAGAGACAAAGGAGAGAGUACAAACCAGUUGAAGCUCGUAAUGGUCAGGAUAUUGUACAGGUAGAUGAACCUGUUAAGUCUCCAAGAUCCUGGAAAAAUCCACGUGAAUCUGGCAGAGUAAGAGACGAGUCUGACAAAGACUUGGAAUUGAAUGGAAGGAGACAACCUGUGACUUACGAUUCUAAAUGGGAAAGAACCUACAAGUGGAUCAGAGCCAGCCAUAUGGGAGACAACUGUGCUUACUGCACUUUGUGUGACUACAAUAUCAUUCUACACGCAGGUUUUUUCGAUCUGAAGCGACACCAACAAACUCAGAAGCAUAUGAAGCGGGAGAUGGGAGGAUUAAAUUCAUCUGGCAGAAAAAAGAUUGAAACCUCUAUUUCCUGUAGUGAAACCAUGCUUCUUUUCAUUCAAAACCAUUGCCUCUCCAGUUUACCCUCAAGGAUCAACAAGGUCUCCCAACGUACUGCAAGCUACAUCCUCGGCCUGAAUUAUCCAAAUGAUAUUGCUUCUGCUUGUAAGAUGAAUCCCUACUGUAUAUAUAUAUAUGGGCAGGUGCUGCUUGAUGCAGAAAGCAGAGAAAGGACCUCCUGCCAUGUGGUGCUAGUGGGCUUUUUUGAGGAAAAGCGAGCAAGAUAUUGUAUCCGUCUCCUUGAUGUCUUUCAGGCUGAAGAUGGUAGCUCUGUAUCUGGAUGUUUACUCAAUGUCCUUCAAAAGUUUGAGCUUCCUGCUGGCAACAUGGUAGCUUUCUACGUUAAUGACCAGGAACAGACCUCAGGAAGUGUUGUGUCGCAGAUUCAGGAGCUCAACCCACAGGUGAUUGAUCUCGGAGGACUUUACAGCGUACCUAACUCUGCCUACAGUGCUGGCCUACAAGCUCACUCCAGUCAGGUUCAGAAACUUAUUGCCAGCAUCUAUGAACACUUCUCAACUUGUUCCACCAGCAACGACAACCUCAAGAUGCUGUUUGCGGGCAUUGAAGGAUUAAAAGACACCAGCGCUCCCCUCUCACACAGUUGUGAGGAGUUUUGUGUGCUCGUUCAAAGGAUGCUUGAAAUGUGGAGUGAUUUGGUAUCAUACUUCACUUCCUGCAAUGAAAAUAAUGAUAAAGCUAAGCAAAUUUGUUCGCAGUUGGAGAAUCCUAAAGUUAGGAUCACCUUGAUGUUUCUGGAUCAUGCUCUUGGACCACUCCGUGCCUUCGAGCAGCACCUGCAACAAAGCAAAGGCUCAGUUCGUGCCGAUCUUGUCCAGAUCCUUCGAGAAGCAAGUGGACUCCUACGUUCGUAUGCCUCCAGCUUUCUUCACCCUCAAGCGGUCAUACGCUACCUGAAGGAACGAGACCCAGCCAUCCUGGAGAACUCAACAUUCUGCCUUCCUGCUACUGAGCUCAGUUUGGGUGGUGUGGUAGAAGACUUCAUCUCUGCCAGAGAAGAAGAGCUAGCAGAUUCCAUUAAUGUGUUUCAUGAUGAGUGUUUAGCUUUCUACAAAACUCUUACGACCUCCAUCGCUGACAGUCUACCUCUGAGCGAUAGUGUCCUGAGGGGCAUUUCACAGCUCCUCAGCCCAGCAGGAAGAUUGAAGGUCACAGGAAAGAGUAUAGUUGACCUUGCUGUACAAUUUGGCAUCUGCUCCAAACCUGAGGAUUCUGCUAAGCUCACGGAUGAGUUCUUCGAGUACCAGCUUGUGGAGGAUGAAGAAGACACACCUUCAACCCUUCCUCUGGAGCGAUACUGGUGUAAUGUGCUCAAGACUUUUCCACCAGAAUCCAUCUUCAAGAGACUUGUCCUCUGUUUUUUGAUUUUGCCCUGUCCAUCUCUUGAAGCAGAAAAGAUCUUUGCACAGGCUGUUGAAAAUGGAGAUGUUGCUCAUUGGCAUGAUAGUUCAGAGGAAAGUGACACAGAUUUGACAAAAGAGCUGGAUUCCAAUGAUGACUCUUCUCUAGACCACACUGAAGUCAAGAUUUCACCUAUCAGAAAUGGGCAAAUGAAAAAAAACAGAGGUAGCACAUCAGAGAUGGUUCAACACUCAGACACAGUGAAGCCGUGUGUGGUGCGACUGGAGAAGAUCACCAGUCAGAGAGAAAUGGAUUUAAGGAGAGAUGGAGCCGAUGAUGAUAUCUGGACUAGUAGUACGAUACACGAGGGCUCCGUUAGGGGAAUUUAUGGUUGGGAGAGCAGCUUACGGCAGAAACCACAGGAACGUACAGUCUUUCAGGCUGGUACAGGCACCUGGAGCAAACCGGUGAACCCAGACAAGGACAGCAAACCAGAGGUGGUUAAGAACAAUGCUCGUUCAUCUGCAUCAAAUUCGACACCAAGCCCCAGAUCUGGAAAGCGAGAACAAGCGUACCACGAUGGAAAAGGUUAUGCCAUUGGAGAGCUUGUGUGGGGAAAAGUAAAGGGCUUCUCUUGGUGGCCUGGACUGGUGGUGGUGUGGAAGGGCAGGGCGCUUCCUGUGUCUAUGAGGCGCGUGGAGUGGUUUGGAGAUGGCAUGUUUUCAGAGAUUCAUACAGAGGGACUGAUGCCCUUCGCUGCGUUUGCAAAGUGCUUUUGUAGUAAAUCCUAUGAAGGUCUGCCUACCUACAGGAAUGCCAUCUACCAAAUCCUAGAGUUGGCAGCAGAGCGUUGUGGGAAGAAUUUCCCUCCUUUGGAGAAGAAAGGGGAAGAGGCAAAAGCCAUGCUGGAUUGGGCAUUUGGAGGCUUCCAGCCCAUGGGUCCUGAUGGAUUUUUGCCUCCUGUGGACAGCUCUACUAGUAAAACUGAGUCGGAUUCUUCAGUGUGUGAUUAUCAGCCUCCAGCCAAGAGGAAGUAUGUCAACAAGAACAGACAGUCAGCUCAGGAUUACACCAGAGAUCAAAUGGUCUAUGAGGUAACCGUUAAAGGCAGAAACAUUGAAGAUUUCUGCCUGUCCUGUGGAACUGCCAACAUUGAAAUUGUCCAUCCUCUUUUUGUGGGAAGCCUUUGUUCUAAGUGCAAGGAGAACUUUACAGAAACACUGUACAGGUAUGAUGAUGAUGGCUAUCAGUCAUACUGCACCGUGUGCUGCGCCGGACAAGAGGUCAUUCUCUGUGGAAAUGCCAGCUGCUGCAGGUGUUUCUGUAAAGACUGUUUGAAUAUGCUGGUGGGACCAGCGACGUUUGAUAAGCUGAAGGAGGUUGACCCAUGGAGCUGUUACAUUUGCCUGCCCUCUAAGUGCUACGGCGUGCUCAAGCUCAGGCCUGACUGGAGUGUUCGUGUCCAGGAGUAUUUCGCCAAUAACAGUGCCUUUGAAUUUGAGCCACACCGAGUGUAUCCUUCUAUUCCAGCUCAUAAGCGUCGUCCAAUCAGAGUCCUCUCCCUGUUUGAUGGGAUUGCAACAGGCUAUCUGGUCUUAAAAGACUUGGGCUUUAAGGUGGAGCGCUACAUUGCCUCUGAGAUCUGUGAAGACUCCAUUGCUGUUGGGAUGAUCAAACAUGAGGGCCAGAUUGAAUAUGUGAAAGAUGUGCGCACCAUCACAAGGAAACAUGAAUAA